AGUAAAAUAUCGGUGUCGAUGAUUAAGUGCGGUCUGAUCGUGUUAAAUUGAUGUUGAAUUUACCAGCGAUUUUGUGCUGGUCCAGGGAGCAAAGCUUACUCUGAUUUUUGUGUAACAUCGGACAAAAUGUCUGUGCCGUCGGGGUUUCGACCAAACCGCCAUGCGUCUAUCGCGGAGAGCCGUGGAUCCGUGGCCAGUGACCGGCCGAUUCCCCUGUCCAGGCUAGCCGAAGGGAGCAAUCACUCGGUUAAUGUUGACACUAUGUCCAUGGGAACAGACGGAGGAAGGAGGCAGGAAGGCCCGCAGCCUGACUCAAGCCCAGCUGUGGUAGCAACACAAAUGACCCGCACACCGAAAAUAGACCGAUGGCAGGUUUCCACGACGCCAUCUGCGGUGGUCAACCGCCAACCGGCCCCACCCUCAUGGAUACCGCCCCAGCUGGACCCCGUCUCCAAGGAUGUGUUCGAGGAGAUUGUUUGCACACACAACAGCAACGGCAAGCUCAAGUUCGCGGUCACCAGGGAGAUUGAGAGGGGCUCCAAGGAGUUGGAACGUGACCAGAGCUGGCUACCGGAGACGGUGUCGUACGGAGAAUUUCUCACAGACCUGCUCUACCCUGACGAAUCCUUCCUGCUCCACGGCCAGUCGUUACCGUUCACCAAUGUUAACUUCCACGUGUGCGAGGAGUGGGUACCGGAGCCCCACCGCUGGGGCACCCAUAAGGCCCUCAGACCCCCAGCAAAGGCACCCAUGCUAACCGGAAGGGCGUUUCUGACCAAUCACCGACUUAUUCUCUUCUCGGCUGAGAAGCAAAGAGCGACAUCUUUGAAGAAGCUAACAACGCGGACGUCGGGUUCUGAUUCGUCCAAGCCUGCCGGGUACCAGUUGAGAACGACCAACCAGGACACCGUGCACUUCCAGACGGUUCCACUAACGCAUUUCCGAAACGUAGAGCUCCUAGCUACCGUGGGAACCAGCUCCGUCGCCAACAUCUUAGGUCAAAGGUUAUUCUGCUGUCUCCCGUUAACAUGCUGUAGGGUAUGCUAUGAAGAUGACAUGUGCUCCAAGUACUGGUACCCACGUGACCAACUGACCUUUGGCACCAAUACCCGGAUGUUGUCCAUGGGCGUGGUCAUGCCGCCGUGGGGGAACCGCAGCCUGCUUGAGGUGCACGUGUGUGCAGACGUCCCCCUGUCUCUGAUGAGGGGGUUUAUGGUGGAGCUUCAGCGGUACUCGCCAGGGUUGAGAUCGACUGCCCAAAAGCCGCAGGAGUAUGGCACUUAAGACUCGCAUUCACAGACUUUGCUUUAACAGGCAAUUGGGACCGGAUCCAACAAGACGACAUUUUCUUUUUUAGUCGUUAUUUGUUUUUGCGUCGGGGUGAUGUAAAUCAAUAUUUUGGUUUUGCCCUUCACCGACGUAUAGACACUGUACAUACUUAGUCUAAGUAUACAGUGUCUAUACGUCGAUGUAGGCCAAAACCCAAUCAAAACCUGUUCAUAUUUACGGAAGAUCAGUAAAAACCAUACGAUUCAUUCAUUCAGCGUAUAUAAUGUGAUAAUUAUUUGGGGAAAUCGUUGACGACUUGUACUGAUUUAUAUUUUACAGGAUUUCUGUAAGAGGGUUUGAACUCAAUAUUGCUCUGGCGACUUCAAGCACAUUUUGUUAGGUGGGACACGUUUUUCGUACAGCACUGCUUUGUGUGUGUGUUUAUUAAAUUCUUUGUCAAAUUAUGUGGGGUUUUUUUAAAUAUAAAUAUACCUUGAUUCUUUUAGCGAAUGUUCAAAAGGAAUAUUAGUGACCUGCUCCGUGAUGGUAUCUCUUUAGCUUGUACGCGUACACGAAAUGUAGGUGUAAAUAUCUUUCAUUUAAACUCCCUCUGGCUAUCAAAUCAUCUCCAUCCAUCACAACA